CAAAACGGGUUUCUUUCAUAGUCGGCUAUUCCUGGUCGGUAAGCCUUGUAUUUGGGGUAAACUUUGACUAAAAAAUAACAUGAAUUGUUAUCGAAGGAUCUGCGGUAUGGCGAGAUAAAAGGAAAGGUGGUGGAAGACAAUAAAACCGUUAAGAAAUGUACCAGUAGUUUCUAAUUAAUUAUCAGUGCAUGGUGCCAUGAAAUAAAGCAAUUACGGCACUAAUUCGUGUUCUUACGUCAAUAACAAUGGAAGAACAUAAGGAGAAGCUAGAGUUCGUUAAGAAUCACAUCGACAGUUAUCCAGACUUUCCAAAGCCUGGAAUAUUAUUCAGGGACCUGUUUUCAGUGCUGAGAAAUCCGAGAGCAUUCCAUGCAUUGCAAGAUGUAAUGAUUGAGCAUGUGUCGUCGCAGUUGACACCAAAGCCUGAAGUUAUAGUAGCCCUGGAUUCAAGAGGCUUCUUACUUGGGCCACUACUAGCACUUCAUUUUCAUAUACCAUUCAUUCCAAUAAGAAAAAGGGGAAAACUCCCAGGAGAUGUAACUCGGGUCUCUUUUGCCCUCGAAUAUGGCACAGACAUAUUUGAAAUUCAGUCUUUGAGUCUUGGCAGUGGUCAGAAUGUUCUCAUAGUAGAUGAUUUGUUAGCAACAGGAGGUUCAUUGAAUGCUGCAUGUCAGUUGGUGAAUCAGCUUCAAGCUACAGUUCUGGAGUGCCUUGUCAUCAUGGAGUUGGUGUACUUAAAAGGAAGAGACAAUGUGAAAGCACCAGUACAUUCCCUCAUACAGUUCUGAAGAUAUUGCAUGUAAUAGCAAAAAUGUUAAUGUAAUACUGUUGGUUUCUAUACUGAUAUAGUUUAAACUGCAGAACGGGGUUUAUAACCAUGGAUUUAAGUAACAUUUUAAGUUCUUUACACAGGUGCAUAAGAUUAGUACAUAAUAAUGCGUGUUAGUCUGUUCAUGAACCCAAAUGAAUGUUUGAUAACAAAAGUAUUCAACCAACUUUGUCAAACCUGGUAUUUGGAUGAUUUAAUUUCAGUUUAUAUUGGACAAAUAUAAACCACUACCUUCCAUCAUAUAAAACUUAUAUUUCUCAAAAUCAGAAUAUCCAGUAAUUCUAUUCUAAACAUGAAAUAAAUCUCAUUGAGUUUAGCAACUUUAUUAAAACAUCCUUUCCAUUCAGUAUGAUAUCUGUAGCGAGAUUUAGUUUCACAACGCUAAAUUGGUGUCUGCAGUACGCCAUCAUCAAGGCCAUUGAAGUGUGCAAAAUUCAAAAGACUGCAUUGGAAAAUUGUCCAUACACCAAAUUCAAGUACGCUAUUCCAAUCUCCCUUUUGUUUAGAUAAGAGAUUGAGAGGGUAAAGUCAUGUCAGAUCAAGGAGAUUUUGGUAUGGAAACUGGAAAGUGUUGGAGGAUAUUGUUAAAAUGACAGGAUUUUAUGAUAGCAGAGGUGAACCUUCAGUUUCUCAGAGUGUAUAUCAAAAAUAUUUAUAACUACAACUGUUCACAGUGUCAUUAGGACUAUUAAACAGAUGUUGAUAUUUUAGAGGACAUGCAAAAAAAGAAUGGGAAAUCUAAUGUUUGUAUUAAAUUUUUGUUGUAAAAAGUAAUGGAAAGAGACCAAAUGGCAGAGAACGACAUAGAUUUGAGCAAAUGUUAAACUGGAACUAAUGGAAAUCAGUUUUUAAGUGUGAGUUCAGGACAGGGUCCAAUUCCUGGUUCUUAUGACGACAAUCUUUAUGUACAAGAUGUAUGUGGAAUUUCAUGAGGAAUAUAAGGUACCAAUUGCUCAUAAAAUACCUGUACCAAAGUAUUUUAUUUGGGCAUUGCCCAUUUUUUACAUAAGCAGUUACAUGAUGUUGAACAGAGGCUGAAUUUGUCUCAGUCUUCCAGUAUGAAGUAAGUAUACGUACUCUGUGUGAUCCGUUACAUAAAAAUAGUCCAUAACACUGAAGGUGUUUGAGAACGGGUGAACAUAGUACUAGCGGGUUUGGAGGCAACUGUAGAAUGAGGGUCUUCAUAAUUUAGGAUGAACAAAUCUAUCAGGAUAAGAUGAUCAUGUGACAUACUUGAGAGAGAUGAGAAAUGAGUACAGAAUUUUAGGAAAGGGAGGGUAAUAUUAAACUGAAUGUUAAAGAGAUAGGAUGUGAUCUUAAAGACUUGAUUUGUGUGGCUGAGGAAAAGGAAGUGUGUCAGACUGUUACAUGUACAGUAAUGGAACUCUACAUUUCAAAAAAGGUGGGAAUUACUUUCUUCACCAUUUUCACUGCUGUAAGUUUCUCAAGGAGCAUUUUGCCCUUUGAAGUUGGCUGUCCUGGAUCUGAUAAAUAGAGGUGGAACUUGCCAUUAUGAUAUUGCUAAUACAACUAAGCCUGCAGAAAGGAUUAGCUUUUUCUGAUAGACUCGACAAAAUAGGUAUCCUUUCUUCAACACACAGCACAGUAGAAAUGCUUUAAAGGAAGCUGAAUAAUGAGAUCAGCUGGGUUGUUAUUGUACAUUCCACACACCAGUCACUCAGGUAUUUUCACUAAAACCUCUGUCUAACACACCCAUGAACCAUCCCAGAAGUAGUGAAAGAACAAAAUGAACUCAGUAUCAACAAAAUUGUGUGUACAGUAACUGAAUAUUUUGUUACAGGCUAUCUAGAGCAAGAUAUUAUUUAAAUGUAACUGUGAAAACAUUAUGACAACUGUGACAGCAUAAUAGCGUGUCCUGCAGGAACACAUACAUAUAUAUAUAACAGAAUUGGAAGCUUUGUGUUCCAUAGUAUAUCAGCUUUCAUGCCAUACAUUACUGAUCACUCCCCAAAGAAAUAUAUAAAAAGGAAAGAUACAGAGUGUUAAGAGUGCAUUCUGAUCUCCACUUCAGAGCUCAUAGUAUGUCAAAGUUUGUCCACCCCAACUUAUAUGUUAGUAGAGUAAGACUGAUGAAACAAGAAUUCAGGGUAAAUGCAGGCAGUGUGACAAAAUGAUGGCUAUUUGAUUACAUUCCAGUCAUUUGUUUUUAUUCUGUAUGCACGGUCGGGAUUGACAAGUAUAUUUGUCUACUUGCCUGUGAGCAGUGGCAGAUUAUUCAGUGUUGUAUUUAUGUCAAUUUCACAUUUUCUAGUAAUAAAUACAAUCCAUUGGUGAUUGAAAA